ACUGUCGGACUUAAAUGGAUCCCAGAGAACUGAAAUCUACCUAAGGGUCUCUGGUUUUGGCACUGUGUCCUCUGCUCCUAUGGAAGUUCUGAAAUUAUAUGGCCUACGUGCCAUAUUGAUGAGUUUGCUCUGCCAUCUCCUUUCCUCUUCUAAAUGGGAAAGUAAUGAAGCUGGGACCAAUACAUUCAUUUCAGCUCUUGGCUACACGUCAGCAGAUUAUUAUUCUCACUUGGUUAAAAAUAUGGUCUUAUCGUUAGUAGCAGAACUUAGAGGAAAUGAGUUUAAUGGACUUAACAUUCAAGGGAGAGUUCCAGCCAGUCGUGUGAGUGAGGUGUCCCUUUUCUGUCUCCCUCUGAUUACUUUGCCUGAUUUAACUCCACUGCUGGAAACUCUCCUUCUUUACCAUGGAGGCGCUUCACAGGAAAUUCUCAGUUCAGAGUUUCUAGAGGCAGUGAAUGAGGCCUUUCUAAAAAAGAAGAUCUCCCUCUCAGAAUCAGCUGUCUUCAGCCUAUGGCUUCGUCACUUACCAAGCCUUGAAAAAGCUACUUUAUAUCUUUUAGACCAGCUGGUUUCCAUUGAGGUGAAUUCGCUGGAAGAAGUGGCUUGUGUCCUAAAAUAUUCAUUAUUGCCACAAGCAGCAAGCCAUCCUGCCGUUUUCAGAAUUGUUGAUGAAAUUUUCAAGAAUGCACUGCUGGAAACUGAUGGAGCUCCAGAAGUUAUGACCAUAAUACAGGUGUUUACACAGCUCUUUGUUGAGGCUCACCAGAAUGAUAACAAGCAGCAUAAGUUUCCAUUGAAAGCCUACUUCUCUCACCAUCACCAGCCUCUUGCAAUAGCUUUACUCAGAUGUCCUUUUGCUACGCACUGCUGUCAACACUUGAAACACAUUUCAGAAGUGCUCAAAGCAUUACUAGAAGGUGAAAGCAUUAGUUCGUUUGCUGACCUUUUUGAAAUCUGGUUUUUGAUUGCUCGUUUUGGAGAAUGGCUGGAUAUUGCAGCAGAACAAUUACUGAAGGCCUCUGUAGAACCAGAUGCUUUGCUGUGGCUGCUGGCAUUUUACUACAGUCCUCAGAAUGAAAAUCAGCAAAGGACUCGAACAAUGGUGAGUACUGUAGCAAUAGUAACCAGCAGUAAGCAGACAACAGUCUGCUUAUAUCUCAUUGCUCUGCAACCGACUGUACAUUCAAAAGAAAAAAAGUGGUAUACACUGAAGAAGACUUUGGUUUUGUAA